AAUGAAGCAGUUGUGAUUUGGAUUGGUAAGGCGGUCCAUUUCUUCAUGGAACAAGAGGAACUCCCCGGGCAAAACAAAUUGAAAGGCGUGGGGUUGAGAAUGGUGAAAGCAACGUUGCAGCGUGUGCAAGAGAUUGAGAGUGACAAUGAUCUACAUAUCGG